CUCUCACUUUGCGGCCGAUAGCACCGGACAUAAAGCUCAUGUCAAGUUCCAUUCUGAUUCACGCCAAGUUGUCUUCGUGAGAGGCUCGGUUUCUUCUUGCGUGUCCUGCUCUCCGUAUCUCAUGUUCAUGAGAAUGUAUCUAUCUAUUGAGGAUAUAUAGCGCAUUUAGCCAUGAACGUUUGAACACCUUCCCUCUCGCGCACAUAACACUCUUCACUGUCCUAGGCCCAGGAUCCACCAAUGGUGCUCAAACUCUACGGCUUCUCCCCCUCGCACUGCACGCGACGCGUCGGCGUCGUCCUCAAGGAGCUCAACGUGCCCUACGAGCUCGUCACCAUUGACAUGCUCAAGGACGAGCACAAGGCCGCGCCGUCUCUCGCCCACCAACCAUUUGGCCAGGUGCCCUACAUCGACGACGACGGCUUCCAACUCUUCGAGAGCCGCGCGAUCGCGCGCUACCUCGUGGCAAAGUACUCGGGCCAGGGACCGCGGCUCGUGCCUGACCCGUCGGAUGUGGAGAGGACGGCGCUGUUCGAGCAGGCGGCGAGCAUUGAGCUGAGCAACUUUGAUCCGUAUAUGAAUGCGCUUGCGUGGGAGGUCAUGUUCAAGAAAUAUUCGGGUGGAACGGCGGACGAGGUCAUCGUUGCGGACCUCGUGAAAACUCUCAACAGCAAGCUUGACGCGUACGAGGUCCUCCUUAGCAAAUCCAAGUAUCUUGCCGGCGAUGAGGUGACACUCGCAGACCUGUUCCACCUGCCGUUUGGAACUUCACUGGGACUGAUGGGAUACGACCUGCUCACUACAGAGUCUCGGCCAAACGUGGCUAGGUGGUGGAAAGAUAUCAGCUCGCGUCCUGCCUGGCUGGCGGCGAAGGACGGUGCUUGACGGUGGAGACUUGACAUCGUGCGCGAAGCAAAGUAAGAGUGUAUGAUAACGACAGAAGGCUCAUGUUAGCGUUCACGAAUAAGCACUUGCGAGAUAGUAAUUCUGG